AUGGUGGCCCAGGAUAGAGGGACCGAUGAAGAUGUUGCGAGUCGUAUAAGGAAAACCCCAAAAACAUUAUCGCAGCUUUGGCCAGUGUGGCCAAUAAAACAGAGGUAUAAGCUUUGCAUCUUCAAAAAAAAAUGUCAGGUUGGUACUGCUGUACAAGUUACCAAGCAGGUGUCCAAGAGGCUACAGACGUUCGUAAAUAGAUGUCUGCGGAAUAUAUUGCCACACAGCAUUAUAACACGACAGUCUGGAGUGGAACUCCCAAGGCCAGCGAAGACAUGGACGGCCGAAAUAAACGUUGAGGAGGAUUCCAACUGUGCAGCGCAGGACAGACCUGGUCUGGAGUCAAGGAGCUGA